CCUAAAACCCCAGAACCCAGAACCCAGCGCUCUGCAACACGCCUCCGCAAAACGCAGAGGAUACACUUCAACAGUUCCAAGAAACCCAUUUCUCUCUUCUCUAUGUUGAGUCAAUAGAAGCUGAGAGAUGAAAGCUUUGAGAGCUCUAAGAACCCUCACAAUCCUCUCUCCAAAGCCCUACAAAACCCCACUUUACCCACCCUUUCUUUAUCGAUUUUACUCAGCGCAGCCUCAAGAAGACGAACCCACAAACAACCCCACCUUAUCAGACUCUGAAGAUGCCUCGGACUCGGUGUUUGACAGUACCCAUUACACAAUACCAAGCAUUGGUUCGGAACCCAGCACUCAAGUCCCUCAGCAGCCCACUUGGGAUAAGAAAUACAGGCAAAAAGCUGAUGAGUUAAUCUUUGGGGAAGACACCCAGAAAAGGAAAUUGAAGAUUUUGGAGGAAGAGGAUGAGAGGAGGAGGAGAGUGCUCGCUAAGGCGCUGCUCGAGGCGGCGUUGGAGGCGGCGGAUGAUGAUGAGGAUGAGGAGGAGGAUAUGGUGGUAAAGGAGGAGGACCAGAAGUCAUUGUCAGUCGGGAUAAUCGGUGUCCCAAAUGCUGGGAAGUCUGCGCUGACUAACUCUAUGGUUGGGACAAAGGUUGCUGCUGUUUCCCGCAAGACAAACACUACUACUCACGAAGUGUUAGGAGUGAUGACAAAAGAAACCACCCAAAUUUGUUUUUUUGAUACGCCAGGAAUUAUGUUGAAUAAAAGUGGAUUUCCUCACAAGGAUAUGAAGGUUCGUGUGGAAAGUGUUUGGAGUUCUGUUAGUCUCUACGAUAUGCUCAUUGUUAUUUUUGAUGUCCAUAGGCAUCUUACCAGGCCUGAUAAUAGGGUGACAAGAUUGAUUAAACGUAUGGGAGCGCAACCACACCCAAAACAAAAACGCAUCUUAUGUAUAAAUAAGGUUGAUUUGGUUGAGAAAAAGAAAGAUCUAUUAAAGGUUGCUGAACAAUUCAAAGACCUUCCCGGAUAUGAAAGGCAUUUCAUGAUUUCAGGACUGAAGGGCUAUGGCGUGAAAGAUCUUACUAAAUAUUUGAUGGAGCAGGCAGUUAAAAGACCAUGGGAUGAAGAUCCUUUCACUAUGACUGAAGAAGUUAUGAAGAACAUAUCAUUAGAAGUUGUCCGAGAAAGGCUAUUGGACCAUGUUCAUCAGGAAAUCCCAUAUAAUAUUGACCAUCGUUUAAUGGGCUGGAAGGAAUUACGAGAUGGUUCUCUAAGGAUUGAGCAGCACUUUAUCACCCACAAGCAAAGCCAACGCAAGAUUCUCGUGGGAAAGAAUGGCUCCAAAAUAGGGAGAAUAGGCACUGAAGCUAAUGAAGAGCUAAGGUCCAUCUUCAAGAGGGAAGUACAUCUUAUCCUCCAGGUUAGACUGAAAUGAUGUGUUUAACAAGUAGUAUCAAAUGUCAAGAAUGCACCUUCUCUGCGUACCAUCUGGAAGUGUAUAUAAAAAGGCCUGUUAGGUGCACUUGUACGAUAAUUAACCUUUCAAAGGCGACGCGGAGCUGAGCUUCAAAGUGGCAAAAAAGUGAUUCUUAAGAGAUCUGGGUUUGGGGCUUAGGUGGGCUCGGGAGACACCGUCGUCGCCAGAAUUAUUCCCAUCGAUCAUUCUGCUUCUAGUUUGUUAAUCUUGGAAAAUUUUGAGAAUAUAUAUUGUCCACUCUUUUGAUAGUUCUCUUUCAUUUUGUAUCAAUGUACCAAUAUAUGAAAUCUUAAUGAGGUCCAUUCAUUUAUAAUUUAUACACCAUUAUAAUGUCUUCUGA